CUUUCAGACAGUCUGUUUUUGCUGCAGUGAACGGUAGCCGUGGAGAGCGAGCUAGAGAGAGAUAGAGAUACAAAGACAGAGUGAGAGAGUGAGCGGAGGGGGAAAAAGCAAGAAAAACAAGGAGUCGGGAGAAGGAACAAGGAGAGAGAAAAAAGUCGAUAAAAGCAGAUUGAAAGAAGGCUCUGAACAAGCGACUGCUGCGCAUCAAAGGAGGGACCUUACUGGGGACCUUAUUGGAGACCAGCAUCAACAAAACCCGACUCCGGAGGCGGACUAUACCGGUGACACUCCAGAGCUCCUCUGCCCUCCUGAGGAUUCAGUGAGACAGGCGGAUCUGUGUGCCCGAACAUGGCCUUCCCAUCAGCCCCCUUUGCAUUAUGGAGUGUCAGCUUAUUGACAGUACUCUUCACAGCUGCGGUUCACAGCAAUACUAGCUUUGAAGACGACCCCUUGCAGCCAAUGACCUCCGAUGAGACGGUGCCCGUGGGGGGUACGGUGACAUUGACCUGUCGGGUGGCAGAGAGCGACAAUUCCUCACUGCAGUGGUCCAACACUGCACAGCAGACCCUGUACUUUGGAGAGAAGAGAGCGCUGAGAGACAACCGCAUCCAGCUGUAUCGCUCGACAUCCACCGAGCUUUCCAUCACCAUCUCGGAGGUGCAGCUGUCUGACGAGGGAGAGUACACCUGCUCCAUCUUCACCAUGCCAGUCCGCACCGCCCGCGCCACCGUCACAGUGCUAGGUGUGCCCGGCAAGCCUCAGAUCUCAGGCUUUGAGCAUGCAGUGAAGGAGGGGGAAAAAGUCACCCUGACCUGCACCAGCACUGGCAGCAAACCCCCCGCCACGUUGCACUGGUACAAAGGAGACCAGCUGCUGAAAGGCGGUCCACAGGUGGUGGAGACUGUUGAUGGCAACCCCACGUACAACGUGAGCAGCGAGCUCACCCUGGAGGUGAGCGCCAGCGAUGACAACACGCUCAUCACCUGCGCCGUCAACCACCCCUCUCUUUCUCCGGGGGACAAGAGGAGCGAGCAGGCUCUGCGGGUGUUGUAUUCCCCGAACGUGAUGAUACACCCUGAGAGCACUCUGCCUAGAGAGGGGGAGAAGUUUUCUCUUCGGUGUGUCGGCAACGGCAACCCCGAGCCCACUAUCUACACAUGGGACAAGAAAGAUGGAGGGCUCCCCUUACAGGCCAAACCUGAUGGUGCUGUCCUGCAUUUCUCGAUGCUCAACAAAUCAGAUAAUGGCGUCUACGUGUGCCACGCUGACAACGGCAUUGGAAGCAGCGAGGGGGAGUACACACUCUUGGUGCAAGAUCCCAUGGACCCAGACUCCCCAAAAGUCACAGUUCCCUCACUUGGUUCUUCAUCUUUCACCCCCUCUUCCUCCCUCCCAUCUUCCUCUCCUACCGACAGCUUCUUCGGCUCUGGCUCUGAUUCCAUUUACUCUGACCCCUUUUCCACUACUGACCCCUUCACCACCUCCUCUUCCUCAAACUCCUCCCCUUCAUCAACUGAUGUGUCAACCACCAUCUCUGAAUCCUCCACCAUGACCCUCUCCAACGCUCUCUUCCCCAACCUGCCAUUCUCUCCAGACUCCUCUUCCCCCCACCCCACUUCAUCCCCAACUCCUCCUUCCACCAGCUCUUCUAGCAUCACUGCCACUCCCGCCUACUCAUCCCCUGCCUCCUCCCUUACGCCCCCAGUUUCAGUCCAGCUGAAUGGAGUUAACACUUUCACAGAUGAAGCACGCAACAUUACAGACCCCACAGCCAUGUCGACGACUUCGGGGGUGGACCACGCCGUGAUCGGAGGGGUAGUGGCUGUCAUCGUCUUUAUCUUGCUUUGCCUCCUCAUCGUCCUCGGCAGAUACCUCAUCAGACACAAAGGAACGUAUCUGACCCACGAGGCCAAGGGCUCAGAUGAUGCCCCGGAUGCCGACACAGCCAUCAUCAACGCAGAAGGAGGUCACUCCGGAGCAGAGGACAAGAAAGAGUACUUUAUCUAGAUAGAGAACAGAGUGGUGGAGGAAAGAAGCGGGAGGAGGCGGAGAAAAAGUUGGAGGACGUGGAUUGGAGGAGAGGGGAAGAGUGAAGGAAAGGAAACUUCGAUUUUUUUUCACGAUGCUUCAGUUCUUCACUCUGUUGGAGGGAUGAUUGGGAUGGGAAUGGGGGGAAAGGACUCUGGGCUGAGUUGAGCUUCAGCUGGUACUACCCUCUUUGCAUUGAUACAGGGAAGUGAGAUUUUGCACUGACAUAUGGAUGAACUAAUGUUACACUCAAACACACACACGAACAUGCAACAUACUUGUGUCAGUUAAGGGGUGAAUCUGUUUUCACACAGACGUGAAUGCUCAUAGAUGCUCAGAAUAACAAACGGGAGCCUCCUACUAACACGCAUCCGAAUUCUGACACAUUAACACAUUGUCACACAAGCAUCGUAGCCUAUUUUGAACUGUCAGCGCCGUGAAAAAUCAAAAUUGUAAGUCACAUUCCAACAUGUCGAGCUGAUAUUCCACUUCUCAAACCUGUCUUCUCAACAUUUAAUCCAAACCAGGUCUGUCUAUUCACUUUUUUUUCCUCCUCAUUCUCUACAUCUAACAAGGCAGAAUCCCUCUAUAAGCCUCCUCGUGACAGAGAAAUCCAUCUAAAGCAAAUUAUUACUGACAAACAUAAUCUCCCUCUCUCACGGUUUAAUCUUUUUAUGCCAUCAAACCUCUUCCUACGUCCUCGCAAACCCCGGUACGAGCCAUCGAGUUUUCCACAAUGCAACGCCACAAAAACAUGCAACACCCAUGCAAAAACAGCAUUCCCACCUUGUGCUACAAAGCCCAGGGGCUCCAGUAUACAUAUAUAAAUAUAUAUAUAUAUAGAAUUAUAUAGCAUUCUUUUUACUUGACAGAAAAUGUUUGGUGUGCUGUAAAUACACUCUCUCUGUCCUGUUUCUGCCUUCUGUCUCUCCUUCUAUCCCCCUUCUCUUUCUCUCUCCACCCCCCCUCUCCUGUAACUCAUACAGUCUGUUACUGCAUUACAGUAUAUACUUAUAUACUCAAAAAAAAGCCUGCCUGUUUUUAUUACAUGCGUGGAAAUGCAGAGUCGAAAUAUCAAUAUCUGGGUAAAAAAUAGAAACAUAACAACAAUGAUGUUGCGAUGAAGACUAACAUUAACUGCAAAUAUUUGUAUAUUCUGAUUUUCUUUGAUCUUUUUUUCUAUUUUUCUUUGAUCUCUUGGGGACUCGUGAGGGAUUUUCUCUCGUCAGUGUCUCAGUAUGUUACUGUCAGUGUUAACAUUUUUACAGUGUUUGUCAGUUUGUCAGCCCAGGAGUCCAUGAAUCGAAUUCCUAACUUGUAUUUUGAUUUUGAUGUUCAGGUUUUCAACAAUGUUUAUGUACUUAGUUCCUUUUUUCGCUGAUGAAUGGAGUUUCUCCCUGCUUUGUCGGCUCUCUGCUCCUAAAUGCUAAUCAGCAGCACACCUUCGGUCGAGAGCUUUGAACGGCGACAAGUUGGUGGUGGAGUUUAUCUUGAAUUCUGCUGCCCAGUGUUUGUACUUGUGGACCACUGUGGCUUUCCUUCCAGCUGGCCCCGCUGAUCCCACGGUUCACCUUCGCCGUUUUUCUCUCUGCAGCAGACUGCUUGUCUUGGCGAGGCCACCUGGCGCUAAAUUCAUUGAGUAGUGACAUCAUGACUUCCUCUAAGAGGUUGGCACAUUUGCUGCUUUCAGAGGUGAAAAUGCUUGCUUGCUUUUCCACUACAGGGCCAAAUAGGACUGGCUACAUGCAUUAUGACAAACUUCCCGGCAAAAAACCUUUCUGUUACUGUUUGUUUUUUUUGUGUGUGUGUGUGUAUGUGUGUUAUUGCAAGCAGGAAUCAUUUACCAGCUUAGCAAAAGGUUCCCAUAAAUGCACAGUGUUUUAUUAAGGUUGGAAGUUCGCCUUAGCACUGAAAGCUCCACUUGGCCCGGUCAUUGAAAUUGAUUGCAAUCUAACUAAGAGGCUCUGGGCUCUAGACUGUACACAUGCCAAGCUUUGGUUUGGUGGGCAGGGUGCCGAGUCUGGGCGGCACUAACACUGAAGAAAGUCAUUUAGUAACUUAAAUGUCCUCUUCUCUUUUUUUCCCCCUCUGCUCUGCCCGUCCAUUUCUUGCAUUCUUUAAUCAAUCAUCCCGUCUGCGUCCUGAUCCACCUUCACCCCAUGUCCCCUCUUCUCAUCACUCGUCUCCCCCACUCCAUCUCUGAUUGAUGUCUGAUUCUCCUUCCUGGUCUCUCAUCCACGAGUUCACAUAGACGUACAGUAGAAGUAGCGUCUAUAGCUUUGCUGGCGUGUGCUGAUGGCUCUUCGAAGCACUGUUUGGGAGUGUUUGGAGAGGAAUCCACUUGCUGUUGUUGUCAGUCUACCUAUAGACAGUUAUGUCUUUGAUAGUUUUUGUACACAUUUUAUGGGAAUGUUCAGGGAAUGUGAUUUUGCAUUCCUUUCCCCGUGUUGUUGUUAACCGCUACCUAGCUUUCUUCUUUGUGAGCAAGUAGUAUGUCUAUAAGCUAGCUAUUCUACAAAGGGUAAUGCGACCUGAAGCAGGGUCAGCUGUUGUUCUUUUUUUCUGCCGAGAGCUCUUGGUGAGACUAUUUAGUGACUGGUGAUGUAGUAGCGAACCCGGGUUAAACAGUGCUUGGAUUCUGUGUGUUUGAGCUUGCACUGUUUAUCUGAUGUUUGCUCUACAACACUCUUCUGCUAUCAUUUCACUGCUAUCAUGCCUGCAGAUCAGAGGAUUGGCUCUGUCUCACAGAGAUUGUUGUCCACUUUGAAGAUGUUACCAUUGACUUGUAUUUAACCUCAGUCUAGUUCUGCUCUGUGAAUGGAGAAAGGAAUAUCUGACUCAUACUCACCAAAGUGUAGUGUCUUUUAAAAACUAAUGGACCUGUAUUUGCCUGUAAUUUAUUGUCCUGUCCUUUGUCUUAGUUAGUCUGCUAGCAUGUAGCUUGCAUGAGAAAUGGUUGGAAAGUGUAGAUAGUGUUGCAGAUGAGCAGCGAUGACAAGUUCGUCUCCUGAGACGAGAAGCGGCGGCCUAACCGGCUGACCUCCCUGCUUUUCUCUGAUCUGCAAACAUGUCCCAGUGAAAUCCGUCUGCACCGCCUCAACACAGCAGAAAAGCAGUGAAGCAACUGGCAAAGGACUCGUUAUGCCCUUAUCAAAACCACGUAGGGGUAUAGUGUUGGACUGAGAUUUGCACUCACGUCUAAUUGCAUUUCAGUGCAUCAGUGCAGUAAUGAUUGACUGUCACCAGAUGCCAGCAAACAACAGCUUUUCUUCUCCCUCCUCGGUCGGUACGAGCUGUCCUGCCCUUCCACCAGACGCGCCACCUCCUCUUCAGGCAGCCGCACACUAGCUGCCGCCCAUCUCUUUUCAUUUUGUAGAAUAAGCCAAUUAAUUUUUAAAUUAUGUUUCAUUAAAGUUGUGCAUAAUCUCAUUGUUUUCAUUUCAAUUGAUAUCUUUUUUUCUUUCCUUGAAUUUAGAUGUUCCAAAACUUGAAGGUUAGACAUUUAGUUUUUUGCAUAUGUUAUUGUUUCAACAACGAUUUUUAAUUAAUUUCAUGUAUAUAGUGUUGCCUUUUACCAGAUACUCUUACGAGCUACAUACUUUGCACAUACACUUUGGAUACAAACACAUCCACACACACAUUUGGAUAUGCACAGCAGGCUUGAUGUCUGUUACUAUGGUGUAUUUGUACAUAUGUGUGUGUGUGUGUGUGUGUGUGUGUGUGUGUGUGUUUGUGUAUGAGUGUGAAGCGUGUAAUAAUUGACCCAGACAAACUUCAGAUUUACUCUCAUGUGUGUUGCAUUCACAAAAAUGUUCUUAUUUCAGUAACUCAGACAAUGUCUUUGUUCUUAUCAUUAUUAUUUUGAAUGACAAGUCUUCCUUUUGAAUAAAUAUCCAUAUCACAUGGGAGUAGUGCUGUCAUGUAUGUUAAUUUGUACUAUGGCUGAUGAUGUCAUCAAGGUGAGGCCCAACCGCAUGCAGUGGUGGGUUUUGCAUCUGUUGGCUGUUACGUUCAUAAAGUAUUUGUUUUUCGGGGUUACUUUUGUUAAAAUAACAGUUCAGUUGUUGACUUCAAUAAACAUGCAUUUGGGUUAAUUUCA